UUUUUUUUGUUUCUCCAACAGAUGCGCUCUAACCAAACAGAACCUAAAGAAAUUAUUAAAUCCAUCGUGUAACCUCCGCGGACUCAAUCUUCCGUCGUUAACGGGGCUGAGUUGUCAUUCAGAAGAACAAAAUCCGAUUCAAACUCUCGAAAGAAUCAUUCGCUUUCAUUCUUCUUUCUCCGACCUUUCGAUACUGCAGUCCCACAAACAUGACCACUCCCCACGAUCCAGCCACCACAAAACACGCCGAUUCGUCCCCAGCCACCCCUCCCCCGACGGCUCCGCCGGUGCCCGACGUCGAGAACCAGACUGCGGCAUCCACCCGGUUCGGCGCUCCGGCGAUUUUAAGGCGCUGGAAGAGGGAGGAUUUUCUGAAGAGAGGCUCCAUAGGUUUGCGGGGAUUGGCUUUGGUCUGUUCUCUUCUUUCUUUCGUCAUCAUGGCCAGCAACAAGCACGGCGAUUGGAAAAACUUCGAUAAAUAUGAAGAAUUCAGGUAUACGUUGGGGAUAGCCAUUUUGUCGACUUUGUAUACAGGAGGCCAAGUUUUGCGGCAAGUUCAUGAACUAUACACCGGAAAUUUCAUGUUCUCGCGGUGGAGCACCUCCUUGUUCGACUUUAUCGGGGAUCAGGCUUUGCUUCUAGAUGGAAAAUAUGAGUUGGAAGCGUGUAUAGUAAUUUCGACAUCAUUGAUGACGCUUUCAAUAUGUGUAAAUUGAGGUGGGCGCCCCCAUGUGAACUGAAAAAAACGUGAUAAGAGUAAUCCAAUAGGGUUGGGGUUAAUAAGUGACAAGUGGGGCAUUCAGAUUUUAGAAUUCAGUCCUUCCAAAUUGUUAGACUGCCAACUAGUCAACGACUAAAUCUCUCAGCAAUACCUCAUUCUUUGAUUUUCGUGAAUGAAAUUUUGUGGGUUUGCAGAUUGUGGCUUACUUACUGAUCUCUUCAGCGUCAGCGGCGGUUCCCAUGACAAACAGAAUGAGAGAGGGGGCAGAUAAUAUAUUCACUGAUUCA